AUGAUUCUCAGUGUGAACGCCUUCCAACUCAUGCGUUUUAACGGUGACUCCCAUCAAGAGAAACCAUCCCAACUCCCCACAAUCCCACUUUUUGCUGCCGCAUAUUUGGAAGAUGGCGCACAAGGCCUACGCCCAGAUGGUCAUACGGCGUCUUGGGAGUUAGUCUGUCGUCCUCCCCGGCGAAUCGGGGAGUGGAAAGACAGAGAACACCAAAAUAUUGAUGUUCCAUCUUGGGGAUAUGAGUUUCAUACACAGCGGCAACACCAUGCAGAGGAAAGUGACAGACAUGUUGGCCGAGUACCUAAAUCGCAGUAA